AUGGCGCAUGCAACCAGCGAUGUUCGCAUGAGUGACGCUCCAGUUUCUGGAUCUGGAGUCACUGAAGACGGUCCUCCUGCCUUCUUGCUUUAUUAUGCAGAGAAUCGUCGUCAGGUUUUGGAAAAAGACAGGAAGUAUCCUGAGAUCAAGGAGUGUGACUAG